AUGUCCUUCAUAGAUACACACAAGGACUUGUCGGCUCUCUUCGCCAAACAGGUCCAAGCCACGCCGGACAAUGUGGCAUUGGAGGACGACAAGAACACGUACAGCUACUCUCAGCUAGCAGAGAAGGUCGCCGCGCUCGCUGGUCGCUUCCGCAAGCAUGGCGUCGGUCGAGACAAACUGGUCGGCGUCCUCCUUCCUCGAAGUGCCGAUUAUGUGAUUGCUUGUCUUGCUGCUCUGCAAGCUGGAGGUGCUUUUCUUGUGCUUGAGCUUGCAUAUCCUCCCGACCUGCUGGCUGACGUUAUUGAUGACGCCAAACCAGCCGUGGUUGUCACCUAUCGGGCGGAAGUGGGCAAGAUCAAAGGCCAGACGCCCAUUAUAUCCCUCGACGACGAAGCAGAGACCGAAGUCAAUGGUGAAGAUGCCGGCGACGCAGGUCCCCUCCCUGCUGAUGAUGACUUGGACCGAUUGUCUUUCGUGGCAUACUCCUCGGGGACUACUGGAAAACCAAAAGGAAUCGCCAACCCACACAGAGCUCCUGUGCUGUCCUACAACCUGAGAUUCGGUAUCAGCGACCAGCACCCUGGUGAUCGAGUCGCCUGUAACGUCUUUUUCGUCUGGGAAAUCAUUCGCCCGCUGCUCAGAGGUGCCACCGUUGUCGCCGUUCCCGACGACGCAAGUUAUGACCCGGUGGCUCUUGUGGACCUCCUGUCAGCGAAGCAUGUUACGGAGACUUUGAUGACUCCAACUCUCCUGGCGGCUGUCCUUUCUAGACAUCCAGAAAUUGGAAGAAGACUUCCAGAGCUCAAGACGCUUUGGCUCAAUGGAGAAGUCGUGACCACCGACCUGGCUCGCAGAGCAUUGAAGGCUCUUCCGAACACACGACUACUCAAUUGCUACAGUGCUUGUGAAACACACGAAGUCGCUUGUGGUGACAUCCAGGAGAUGCUCGACGAAGAAUCUACCUACUGUCCUGUUGGCCCACCACUCGAUCCCAAGCACACCUAUAUCCUUGACGAGGGUGGUCAGAAGGUGGAGCCGGGUGCAAGUGGUGAAUUGUUUGUUGGGGGUCGACUGCUUGCCCGAGGGUACCUGAAUCGACCUGAAACGACGGCGAAGGCUUUCACACCAGACCCUUAUGAUUCAACUCCCGGCGCACGCAUGUACAGGACAGGCGAUCUGGCUCGCAUACUACCCAAUGGCUUGCUAGAAAUCACUGGCCGUGUCGGUGCCAUGAUCAAACUGCGAGGCUAUUCUGUUGUUCCAGCCAAGGUUGAGUCUGCCAUUAUUUCGCAUCUUGCAGUCAGCCAUUGCGCUGUGGUUGCUCAUGGUGAAGGCCUCGAUAGACAACUCGUUGCUUAUGUCGUUCGUGAUAAGGAGCAGUCGGAAGAGCGUCCUGUUGUGGAAAUAAAUGAUGCAGGUCGCAGCCCAGGGGCGCGAAAAAUACUAUCGCCCUAUCUUGCUCACUACAUGGUUCCAGCAUUGUGGGUAGAACUGGAUGAGCUCCCGACUCAUGCAGUCUCUGGAAAGGCCGACCCCAAGCGUCUGCCUCCACCACCAAGCGAAAGUGCCGGGCAGGUGAACGGACACAAGAAAAUCGAACAACAAGAUCCGAUCUCGAUUGAGUCGAUUGCUGAGGUGUGGGCAGCAACCUUGAAAACCUCGCCCAGCAACAUUUCGCCAGAACACAACUUCUUCGAUCUCGGUGGACAUUCGCUAUCGCUUGCAGACCUGGCGUCAAGACUUUCUCGAAAUUUUGGCUUUCGCAUCCCCCUUCAGCGACUUGUUGAUCCUCCUACAUUGAAUGGUCACCUUGAAACAGUCCGAGCAGUGAGAGAUGGCCAGGUUGCCGCGGUGCAGGCCGAUCUGCCUUCCGUUCUGCGUGCAGAUUCUGUGCUUGACAAGGAUAUCGUACCGCCGAAGGCCACCAUCUGCGCUCUCAACAAAGCAAACACGGUUCUCUUGACCGGAGCCACCGGUUUCUUGGGCGCAUUCCUUCUCAGCGAUCUGCUGGAAAGCACGUCCGCGCAGAUCAUAUGCCUUGUCCGUUUCAGCGAUCCUUCACAAGAAGACAAACCAGGGGGUAUCGCUAGAAUUCGAAGGAACAUGCUCGACUUGGGUCUGUGGAGUGAUGCUAUCAUGGAACGGGUCGAGAUCCUCCCCGGUAAUCUUUCUCGGAAACGACUUGGCCUGUCACACGAAGCCUUUGACGAACUCGCUUCUCGUGUCCAAGUGAUUAUCCACGCCGCUGCGACUGUCAAUCUUGUCUAUCCUUACGCUGCACUUCGAGCUGCCAACGUUGGUGGCACGAGAGAGAUCUUGCGGCUGGCAAGUCGUGGAGGUUCUACGGUUCAAUACAUCUCGACAAACGGAGUACUUCCACCAUCCCAGAGCGGCUGGCCUGAGGGUACAAUGCUCUAUGUUGAUGAAGUUCCCGAGAAGCUACACGACGGAUAUGGCCAGACCAAAUGGGUCGCCGAACAACUGGUUCUCGAAGCCGGCCGGCGCGGUUUGCCUGUCAAGAUCCAUCGUGCAGGCACAAUCAGUGGUCACAGCCUGACAGGUGCUGCAAAUGCAUGGGAUCUUUUGUCUGCAAUGUUCGUGGAAUCCAUACACCUCGGCUACGCUCCAGACGUUGAAGGCUGGCGCGCCGAGAUGACGCCGGUGGACUUUGUUAGCAAAGCUAUCAUCCAUCUAUCUAACCAGACACACGCCAAACAACUCGUUUUCCACCUCGGCGAUCCAGACCCGGUUGACACUCGAAUCGUGUUCCGCGACUUGGCCGAGUUGGGCUACCCUACCAAGCCCUUGAGCUUCGAUGAAUGGGUGGCAUUGUGGUAUGAGAAGAGAGGAUCCGCCAAGGGAGGCGAUGGCGCUUUCACGGUCGACAUUCUCCGCAGCGGUAUGCCCAGCGUCGACUUCCUCCAGGGGAUCGUCGUGCUGAACAAUGCCGCCACUCGGCCCUUCCGCUCUGUGGUGGAACGGCCCAAGGUCGACAGCAUCCUCCUCGAAACCUACACCCGCCACUGGUUCGCUCGUGGCUGGCUUCCUCGACCACCCUCAAGCCAGCGAUCACUCGGCGGAUCUGCACGACCAAUCCGCCGUGGUCCACUCGCCGGCCGCGUGGCAGUCGUCACAGGUGCGUCGUCAGGCAUCGGCGCGGCCGUUGCAGUCGCUCUGGCUCGAGAAGGGUGUCACGUGGCGCUUGCCGCUCGUCGCAUCGACGCUCUCGAGUCUAUUAAGCGUCGAAUGGUGGUCAGAGAAGGGAAAGUGAUUGUGCGCCAGACUGAUGUGACGGACCGUAAACAGGUCGAGAGUCUCAUCAACGCCGCGCACGGCGAACUUGGUCCCGUGGACAUUCUCGUCUCGUGCGCCGGAGUCAUGUACUUUACCAUGAUGGCCAACGCGCAGGUCGAUGAAUGGGACCGCACCGUCGACGUGAACUGCAAGGGCCUUCUGAACUGUCUGUCGUCCACCGUGCCGGGCAUGCUGUCUCGUGGAAGUGGACACAUCGUCGCCAUAUCCUCGGACGCUGGACGUAAAGUCUUCCCUGGUCUGGGCGUGUACUCGGCCAGCAAAUUCUUUGUCGAAGCCACGCUGCAGAGUCUCCGACUCGAGACGGCAGGCAAAGGUCUCCGCGUGUCGAGCGUCCAACCGGGGAAUGUCGCCACAGACCUUCUUGGUAUGUCGACCGAUAGUGAGGCCAUCAAGAAAUACGGAGAACCGACCGGGGCUCAGAUCUUGGAUCCUGAAGACGUCGCCAACUCGAUUGUCUAUGCGCUGAAACAGCCAGCCCAUGUCUCUGUGAAUGAGAUCCUCAUUGAACCAAGAGACGAGCCGAUAUAG